CACUGAAUAACGCCUGUAAAUUCCGAGAGGCGAAUCGAUAAGACGAAACAAUGGCUCGAUGGCCUGAAAAGUUACCGGUCAUAAAUUACACGAUGUGCACGGCAGGCACGUUAUCACGACGCCCGUUCGCCGUGCAUCGUUAACUGACAAAACUGAGUUUACGACGGUAUCAAAGUAGUCGCCGUAUUCGACGGGAACAACCCUUCGGGUCCGUGGAUGGGGCCAGAGCCACGUAGCUCGCGUGGACGCGGCCAGGCACGCGAUCACACGCGAUCAGGAUAACGGCAGGAGGAUCGCGACGCCGACGCCGACGCCGACGCCGACGCCGGCGCUUCAGUGAAGGCCAGACGUCCGUCCGCGUCGAACGCAGUCGUUGCCCGUCGACAGGCCCUGAAGAAACUGUAUCGCCGCCAGCCAUCCUCCAUCGUCCAUCCCCCGUGACUUCUCUAGAUAUCGCCAACAGUCAUUGACGUCUUCUCACUACGACAAACCAAGAUGUCACGGCCCUUAUCCAAAGGUAUUCCACAAUUAUCGACGAGAGGACAAAUGGAAAGGCGGCGACCACCGUUUCUCAGAGGCCAUAGCAAAACGAAAGAGACGGACAAAAGUACAGGUAGUAAAAUGGAUUCUUCACGGAGCACGAUCAGUGGUAGGGGGGAAUGCACAGGUGAAGAAGAUCUGUCACCAGAUGUAUUGGUGAGACAAAAUUUUGAGCUACGUCAUCGUCUUGAAGAGGAAGCAGCCAAUUAUAAAAGACGGUUGGACACAUAUCGACAAGCACAACAGCAUCAGGCUGCUUUGGUUUCCCGUUUGCAAGCCAAAGUUUUACAAUACAAGCAAAGAUGUUCAGAACUUGAGAAUCAAAUGGCAGAGUCUGUUAUAUAUGAUUCUAGUAAAAUUGUAAGUUCUUUGCCUCCAGCAACCUCUGCUUUAGAUGCAGCACACCAUACAUUGAGGGAGAUACGCGAAGAACAAAUCCAUGACUUGGAUACUGCUUUAAAAAAACUUGCUGAUGAGCGCAAAAGGUGUGAUAAACUGUUACAAUUAAAUACAGUAUUGAAAGAUCAGUUAGAAGAAUCACAUCAAACUAAUGAAGCAGUCACCAAUGACCUGCAAAAGUUAAGCAAUGACUGGGAUGUCUUAAGGGAAGAAUUGGCUAUCAAAGAAGAAGAAUGGAGGGAAGAGGAACAAGCAUUCAAUGAAUAUUAUACUUCAGAGCACAAUAGAUUAUUAAAUCUCUGGCGCGAUGUUGUGUCUGUAAAACGAUUAUUUGCAGAAAUAAAAUCUACUACAGAGAGAGAUUUAUUAAAGAUGAAGAACAGCAUUAUUUCCACUUUUAACGACGUUUCAUCGGCUUGUAGCAAUACAGGAUUUGCUAUGAAAAUGAAUGCAGCUGUACAACCAAUGAUAUCACAGCAAGUUCAACAAGCACAGGAACAAGUUACAACCGAUUUGAAAGUGGAAUUAACUGCACUCAAACAACAGUAUGAUGUGGCUCAGAACGAGAUUCGAGUUAAAGAAGAUAGAAUUAAUCAACUUAUUCGUGAUGUUCAUACUCUGGAAGAAAGAUGUGGGGAGGCAGAAGCAGAAGUGCAUCGCAAUGUACGUGUACAAGACGAAGUUGAAAUUCUACAGUCCGCAUUGAGAGACAUAGCACACGCUGUAAUCCAAGAUGCAGAAGCACGCGACAACGAAAGUACACAGGCGCCUCCUCAUCUUCACCUAUCUCCCAGUGCACCAAUCCCUCAAAGAUCACCAAAAAGAGGUACAAGAAGCAACACCACUCCAGCCUUUGCUGAGAGUACAAUCAGUGCUGUACAAGCAGCUCUGCAUAAAUAUCAAUUGACUAUUCACGAGCUUCAGGUAAAAUUACAAACUAACAAAGAGCAAUUAGUUACGAGUCGUAAACAGUGCGAAAAUGCAGAAGAGAGUAUUAAAACUUUGGAGAAGAAAGCAGAGGAAUUGAUCACUGAAUUAGAUGCUGCUCGAUCUCAGUGCACGCAACUGAGUCAAGAAAAAGAUAUGCUACAGAAGAGUCUGGAUACUGUAAGAUUGGAGAAAAAUGUACUUGACAAAAGUAGAGUGGAGAUUAAUAGUAUGGUGGAAAGCUUAAACAGCGAUUAUGAAAAGCUUCAGAAAACUAAUAACAAAUUACAAAAGCUUUGUGAUAAUUUGGAAGAUGAGAAACUGUAUCUCCAGAGUGAGCUCACUAGAGUGUCCAAAGAAGCAGAAUUAAGGGAGCUAAAUCUCCGUUCAGAAGAAAGCAGAUGCAGUAAAAUGAGGGAAGAAUUGUUAACUUUACGAGAAGAAUUAAAUAAAGCGUAUCUUGCAAAAGAUAUGUUGGAUCAACAAAAGCUGGAAACAGAUGGAUUAAUUUCGCAAAUUGAAAAAAACAAAGGUGACUUGGAACUUGAAUUAGAACGCCUGCUGUUGGAUAAAUCUGACGUGCAGGAAGUUUUAAUGAAGUUAGAAACAGUCUGUAGUAACCACGAGCAAGAGAAACAGCGAUUGCAGGAAGAAUUGAAAAAGGUAACGGAAGAUAAAAAUAAGUUGGCAAGUCAAUGUGCGGAUCAACAGAAUGAUUUGGGCUCACUGAGAAAAGAGCUACUUCAAGCGGAACAAAGUAGGCUCGAUUUGGAAUCAGAAAAGGUUACUUUGAACGAGAAAGUGAAAUUUUUGGAAAUCGAGAAGGAGAAGAUCGAAAUAGAAUUGGCACAAGUUACUCGUGAACGUGGAGAUUUGAGCAAUCAAUUGUCAGUUUUAGCGCGAAAAAAAGAAACGUUAAAUGAAGAACUAAUGAGAAUUAGGCAAAGAUUAGAACAGGCUAACGAGAUGAAUGGUAGGAUCAAUCGAAAUUUGGAAGAUCUUGUGAAAGACAAUGAAGAGAAACAGGUACUUCUGGAAACAAACGAGAAAGAAGUUCAACGAUUACAAGAGCAACUCGCAUCUAUGCGCAGUGAAAAAGAAACCUUAGAAGGUGUUUUAUUCGAUACUCAAACUAACUUGGAAACUAUGCAUGUGAAAAAAACGUAUUUGGAAAAAGAACAAAAAGAAUUGUUAGUAAAGCAGGAGAGCUUAAAGGGGCAAGUAGAAAGACUGACGAAGGAAUUAGAAAACAGCGAGAAACAUGCGAAAGAAAUGAAACAAACUUUGACGCAACAAAGCGGCGACCAAGAAGCUGAAUUUCAUCACAUUAUUUCUAAUAUAAAAAAGCAUAGUGAAGAUAAUAUAAAAAAAUUGAACGAGGAAAAGGAGUACAUAAAGGUAAACUUGGAAAAGCGGCUUCAACAGUCUUUGUCGCAACUUGGCGGGGAAAAAGACAAUGAGAUAAAUCAGUUGCAACAAAGAAUAGAUGAGAUGCAACAACAUAUAGAAAAUCUAUGCCAACAACAUGAAGAAGUUCUCCUUAGGGCAGAGAAUGAUAAACAACAGGCCCUUCUUAUGGCUCAUCAUGAUCAACAAGCAUUAAUGGAAAAGCUCGAGGGCGUUUUGCGUGAAAUGCAAGAGGAGAAGAGCAAUGUGGAACGAGUUAAAAGGGAAGCUGCGUCGCGUGCAGAACAAGAGCGCAACAAUACAAAUCAAUUGCGCGACGAGUUGAGUCGUCUUAAAACAAAAUUGGACGAGACUAAAUUAAAAGCUGACGAGGAGAAAAUAAAGCUCGAUCUAAAAAUUGAAGAACUCGGGAAGGAACGCGAAUCGGCCCAAAGGGAUUCUGAAGAGUUGCAAGUUCAAUUGCACAUGACCGAAGAUAGAGUCGAUAGCUUGCAAAAUCAGUUGCACGAAACAGUUAGAAAGCUUAAAGAUGUCGAAAACCUUAACGAAACGUUACGCAAGGAAUUGGUGGAUGUUAGGAGACAGUUGGCUGACUCCACGUAUGAAAAAGAAAAAUACAACAACAGUAACAAAGAAUUGCGCGAACAUGUGAAACGUAUUGAAAGUGAGAAAAGAGAACAGAGCAGGAUAUUAGAAGAAUCGUAUCAGAAGAUUGCAGCACUGGAAGACAUGAAAGUAACUAUAGAUGCAGAGAGAUCUCGUCUUCAAUCGCAGCUUCGCGAUGUGGAGCGAGAGAUGUUGCAAUUGCAAAAGCAGUUACGCUUCACUCAAGAUGAGCUGCAAAAGUCCCAUCAAAAUAACCAACAAGCACAAAGCGACGAGAAGGAAUUGCAAGCACGACUGACGAACGAGACAGAAGAAAGAGAACGGUUACAGCUUCAGCUGCAUCAAGUAAAGAAACAGCUAGUAGACGCAGAUAACAGUCUGGAGGUGACGAGGCAAGAACUUGGAAGACUACGUUCACGUUCCGAUGAAGAGGAUGAAAGGUGGAGAACCAGAGAACAAGAGCUAUUGGUCCGACUUGAGGAUUGUCGGUGUCGUGAAAGAAAACUCGAGGAUCAGAAACACAAUUUAGAAGUUUGCUUGGCCGAUGCCUCCCAGCAGAUUCAAGAACUUAAGGCACGUCUUGGAGGAUCCGAAGGACGAGUUAGAGCUUUGGAUGCUCAAUUGUCGCAACUGGAAAUUGCGAAAAAGGAGGUUGAGCAAAAGUUGAGUAGCAUAGGCUCUACCUUACGUCGUAUCGCGGGUAUUCAAAUGGAUGGAAGUGUUAACAUGCCUUUUAAAUUGAUGAGCCCUUCGAGAAGAUGGAGCCCAGCAAGAGUUCAAGACCACACUGACUCCAACAGGGAUGUCAUAUUUGAGGUUGACCCUGAAGUUGUUAGAAAGGGUGUGCGAUCUCUGAUGCAACAAGUGGCUCAAAUUGAACGCGAGAGGGAUGAUUAUAAAACCGAAUUGAGUAACUUGAAGAAGCAGCUGACGGAAACUGAAGAAAUUCAAAGUAAGUCGGACACCCAAAUAAAUAUGCUAUUAACUAAUAUCAGAAUUCUACAAGACGAACGGAAGUCGUUGGAAGUAAAACUUUCUCAAAAACAAAGUGGUUACGAAAUGCAGUUGAAUGCAUUGCAACAAAAGACUGAGGAAUGCGAACAAUUGGGCGAGAAAGUCGCAAAUCUGGAAUUAAUGAUGAGCAGCAGUUCUGAAGAGAAGUCACAAUUUGAAGAGAAAUUAGAAAAAUUGAAGCACGUUUUGAACAGAACAGAAAACGACAAACGUAAUUUGCAAGAAGAACUUAACAGAAGCGAAUCCCGUGCUACGAAACUGGAAUUGCAGAGAAUGUCAUUGGAAGGUGAUCUCCAAAGAUUGCAAAUGAUGUUCCAAGAAAAAGAAACACAAAUUCGUAAACUACAAGAACGAAAUGAGACUCAGAGUCGGACCAUGGCAAGUUUAGAAGAACGUUGUGCUUCGUUGAAGUCUACGAUAGAACAACUAAAUCUUGCGUUAGAAAAAUCAUCCAACACAGAAACGGAAUUGAAGAACGACAAUAAUUCACUACAACGUCAUGUUAUGGAACUAACAUCUUCUUUGCAAACUGCUAACGAAAAAGCUAAACAGUUGCAAAAACAAGUAACGAACACUGAGAACGAGCGUAGAAUAUUAUCAGAACGCGUAGAAUCCUUGCAACAGUCUUUAAGCGAUCUGAAACGUACAAACCAGACGUUGGCAGAUCAAAUUGCUCGUUUACAAAAUGAAUUAGCAAACAACGAAGUGCAACGUUGCACCUUAGAAUCCCAAUUAAGAGUAGUCAGUUAUCCGCAAGAACAAACCACGAAUAAAGACGAAGAAUUAUUGCGGCAAUUGCAAACAGCGCAGAGAGAGAGAAGCGAAAUGAGAGGAAAAGUGGACGCUCUCAGUGAUAAGAUGAAACUGUUAGAAACAGAUAAACGCAACUUAGAACGUCAGUUGUCGUUGCUCAAAUCGACCAGCGUCCGGAGCAAAAGUUACGAACGUCCUGAGAAAGCACACGCAGAAUUAUUGGGCACAAGCUUCGACAUGGAUCACUAUGAACAAGAGAACAGAGAAUUGAGAUUGAAAGUCCGUAGAUUGGAAACUCAGCUUGCAGAAAAGGAAGCUGAGCUUAUAAGAGUGAAGUCGAGUUACGCUCAUACUCAUUCGAUAUACGAUUUUACUCGAGACAGAACAGGCGAAAUUGAGAGAUUUAGGGCCGCCCAGUUGCAAGCCGAAAAAUUGUUAGAGGCAAGGGAGCAGAGCCAUCGCCAACAAGUCUUACGAUUGGAAAAUCAGAUUCAAUUAUUGCGGGAGCAACUUAAUCAAGAAAUCAAACGUCGACAAUUGUACGUCCUGCGAAGCUCAAGAGCUGGAAGAGAAAUGCAGCAAUUGAGACAAGUAUUAGGCGACUCGUUGAGAACAGUUGCGCAGGAUCCAUCGUUAGAUGCAGUAUUAUUGGAACACGAAGCUCGAAAGUUGGAUUCUACUCUGACAAGUACCACCAGUUUACCGCCAUCGUUAGCUUUACCUUCACCACCAUCGUACGAUAGAUCUUCCACGCCGGCACAAUUGAAAUGAAUUACAAUACUACUUCAGACUGACUUAGAUGUGAAAACUGCCCGUGUUCAAAACGAUGUUUACUACAGAAUAGUCUAUAAAUAAUUCUUUUAUUUAUGCGAACAUGGCCUGGCACAAUUUAUGCUAGUCAUAAAUGUACUUAAAAUUUAUUACCAUAUCAUCCGUAUAAACCUCAGAUCAAUGUUAAUUAAUAAUAUUAAGAUGAAAGGUAUUUUAACAUUUUGAUAAUAGUAGUUUUGGCAUAUAGAACUUUUUACGUGAAUUUUUUUAUACAAGUUUAGAACUGUUUUAACUGGAAAGUCGAUACAAUGUUAUAAAAUAAUCUAGAUGCCUGAAUCGAGAUCAUUCUGAUGCUGCAGAAUAAUCCGAUCAUUAAGAGAGUUCUUCACUUUUUUAACUAUUUCUAUACCAUGUUACUCUUGUCAUUCCCAGCAAUUCAAAAUUUUUAUAGGAAUCAAGGUUCAUAAAAAGAACUUAAUCUCAAUCCGUCCAUGCAUUAUGAUAACUGUAGUCUUUUAUCAUUAGCAUUACAAUAACUUUAGUAUUUAAAUAUAAAUUAACGAUUGACUUAUUUUAAUAUUAUAUUGCCGUUUUAAAAUACAUUUUCGGAUUGCCAAGCAUACGCUAAUGAUCCGUACAAUGGGGAGCACUCUUGGAGUAAGUUGUACCGGUAAGAAUAAUGCUAUCUUUAGUCUCGUCCUGAGACCAAAGAGAAUCAUCAAACAAGAGCAU